AUGGCAAUCAACGAGAAGACUGCGACCGAGCCUCCAAACAAAACAUUCGAUACUAUUCUGGUGCUUGACUUUGGUAGCCAAUACUCCCAUUUGAUUACCCGACGACUGCGCGAACUCAAUGUCUAUUCUGAAUUACUGCCCUGCACGGCCAAGGUACUCGAACUCUCGUGGAAACCAAAGGGAAUCAUCCUCUCUGGUGGACCGUAUGCGAUCUAUGAAAAAGGUGCUCCAACCGUUGAUCCAGCUGUUUUCGAACUCGAUGUUCCGAUCCUCGGCAUCUGCUACGGCCUUCAAGCAAUCGCCUGGCAUUUCGCAGGGAAUGUUGUGGCAGGAGAGAAGCGUGAGUACGGACAUGCAAAGCUUGAUGUCAAGCAGCAUGAAGGAGCAGCAGUCCAUGUCGAUCGCCUGUUUUCAGGGCUCGGAAGCGAGCUAGAGGUUUGGAUGAGUCACGGCGACAAGCUCUCACAUCUCCCCCAAUCUUUUUUGACGAUUGCCACAACAUUCAAUGCCCCGUGUGCCGGUAUAGCACACGAGACAAAGCCCUAUUUCGGUAUACAGUUCCACCCAGAGGUCACCCACACUCCUCGAGGGACGGAGCUACUCGGGAACUUUGCCGUGAACAUAUGCGAGGCCAGGCAGCAUUGGACGAUGGAUGAGUUUGUGGGAAAGGAGAUUGCAAGGAUACGGGAUUUGGUUGGGAAAAAGGGCCAAGUCAUCGGCGCUGUAUCUGGGGGAGUUGAUUCCACUGUGGCUGCAAAGAUCACACAUGAAGCAAUUGGCGAUAGGUUUCAUGCGGUUUUAGUGAACAACGGGCUCCUACGACAUAACGAAGUGGAGGAUGUACAAAAAACGCUUACAGAAUCACUUGGUAUACAACUGACAGUGGUGGAUGCAAGCCAGCGCUUUCUGGAUCAAUUAAUUGGUGUAGUUGACCCAGAGCAGAAGCGGAGGAUAAUCGGAAGAAAUUUCAUCGAAGUCUUCCAGGAAACGGCUAAGAAGAUGGAAGAAGAAGCCAAAAACUCGUCCAAAGCCGGCGACAUCGAAUGGCUGCUACAAGGAACUCUGUAUCCUGACGUAAUUGAAAGCAUAGCAUUUCGAGGCCCGUCUCAAACCAUAAAAACACACCAUAAUGUGGGCGGUUUACCUGCGGUAAUGGGUCUCAAACUUAUCGAGCCUUUAAGAGAGUGCUUCAAGGAUGAGGUACGAGAGUUGGGGAUGAAACUCGGUAUACCAGAAAAUCUUGUCUGGCGGCAUCCAUUUCCAGGCCCUGGACUUGGCGUUAGGGUUAUUGGGGAAGUCACAGAAAGCCAGUUACGGAUCGUUAGGCAGGCCGACAAGAUUUUCCUCGACGCCAUUGAAAACGCAGGCUUGUACACCAGCAUUUCCCAGGCUUUUGCCGCGAUUCUGGGUGGAGUAAGAGCGGUUGGAGUUGUAGGUGACCAGAGAUCAUAUGAGCAAUGCAUAGUUCUGCGGGCUGUUGUUUCCAAAGACUUCAUGACGGCAGAGGCGUACUGCUUUCCAAUGGAUUUUGUAAGGGACGUGGCAACGACAAUAUGCAACGAAGUGAGGGGUGUGUCCAGGGUUUUCUACGAUGGCGAGUUAUAA